AUGAGUAAUUGGCUGAGAGUAGAAGAUGUUGAUCUUAAGGAUUUGGAAGAUUGUGUGGAGCGCUUAGAAGUUGUGGAGAGAUGGGAUCUAGAUUCAUGGAGAUUUGGACUAGGAGUUGGGUUCUGUUUUCUGGAACAAAGAGAAAUUAACAAGCUGGAAGAGCUUGUUACUCCACAGGGAGGGAUUGCAAAGGGUCAGAGAGAUUUUAUCAAAAUGCAUUUCCCAGUGAAUGACUCAGGUCAGUUUUCAGUACAGCGACUCUAUACAGUGGGCACAUUUGCUUCUAUUAUCAUCAUAAGCACAUCCAAAAAUGUCCUCAAUGGGAGCAACUUCAAGGAACUUCUGAAGGUGGAUGCAACUGUGAAAAACCUGACCUCAAAGUCUCAUUUAAGAUUCAGUCAAUUAUGUGCUCAAAUCAAUGGUACGUCAUGCCUCCCAGCCAAUCCUUUAUUCAACUCAAUAAGCAACAAUACAGAGGAAAUCCUAAUAACUUAUCCACUGCUAUCCAAUGGGGAUUAUGUUGGACUGUACUUUGGAGGUGUGACACUAGAUCCUGGUAACUAUUUGCUGAAGGCCCAGGCUCUACGGUUGUUAUAUUACCUGAAAGAAGACAAUGAAAAAUUCAAAAAUGUCAGCUUGGAAUGGCUAGAGCACUUUAUGAAAUCUCUUCCUCAUGAAAUGGAAAAAUUACAUCUCAAAUCAUUGAAGGUUUAUCACUCUACAUCUAUAUCUCUACAAAAGGAGUUUGAAGGAAGCACAGAAACCAUUAUUCCUUUGUUCUCCAUCACCUAUGUUGUCACCAUACUGUUCUCCAUAUUGUCCUGCGUCAGCUUUGACAAUGUAAGAAAUAAAAUUUGGUUGACUACAUUUGGAGUGAUCUCACCCGGGUUAGCCAUAUUGACCAGUUUUGGGUUGCUUUUACUGUGUGGAGUACCAUUUGCCAGGACUGUUGCAAACGCACCCUUUCUUAUCCUUGGUGUUGGGGUAGACAACAUGUUCAUUAUAAUCUCCUGUUGGCAGCAAACAAAGGUGACGAGUACAACUGAAGAACGCAUGGCCGAUACAUACCAAGAAGCAGCAGUUUCCAUCACCAUUACUACUCUCACGGAUGUUCUUGCAUUUUACAUCGGUAUAAUGACCCACUUCCCCUCUGUGCAGUCGUUCUGCAUCUACACAGGAACUGCCCUGGUCUUCUGCUAUAUCUACUGCAUAACUUUCUUCGGAGCAAUAUUGGCUUUGAAUGGGAUACAUGAGAAAAACAACAGGCACUGGUUAAUUUGUAUGAAAGUGAAUGAUAAAAAGGAUGAUAAAAGAAGCCUUUUGUAUAAUGCUUGUUGUGUUGGGGGAUCGUAUGACCCAAAGCGGGAGACUGAAACAGAGCAUCCAAUGACUGUAUUCUUUUAUAAGUACUAUGGCCCACUUCUUACAAAACCUUGGUCAAAGGUAUUUGUGUUACUUUUGUACUUGUUAUAUCUAUCAGCCAGCAUUUAUGGAUGUGUUCAAAUACAAGACGGAAUUGAUAUUCGAAGUUUGGCUAAUGCCAAUUCUUCAUUGACCCAAUUUUGCGAUGUAGAAGCUUUAUAUUUUUCUAAGUAUGGGCCAAGAAUCAUGGUAGUUGUGACUAAUGAAGUAGAUUACUGGGAUAUAAAGACUAGAGAAAUCAUUGAAGCUUGUUUGCGAGAGUUAGAAAAGACCCAUCAUAUAGACAAGGAAUACACUGGGUCCUGGUUAAGGAUGUAUGAGAAAAUAGUUAAGGAAGAAAAUCUGAACAUAACCAGUAGAGAGAAUUUCAUUAAACAUUUAGAUCAACUCUAUCAAAAUUUUUCUCAUUUUAGAGAGGACAUCAUAACUGAUGGGCAUAACAUUAAGACAUCCAGAUUCUUCAUCCAGGCAGUUAAUAUAGUCACCUUGGAGGAUAGUAAAAAUAUGUUAACCCGCUUAAGAGACGUCACAGCGAACUGCAAUGUAGAAGUAUUUGUCUAUCACCCCUUAUUCAUUUACUUGGACCAGUAUGGUAUAAUAAUCAAAAACACAAUUCAAAAUAUUGUAGUCGCGACAGUGGUCAUGCUGGUCAUUUCGGUUCUAUUCAUACCAGACCCACUGUGCUCCUUGUGGGUGACAUUGGCAAUUGCAUCAAUAAUAGCCGGGGUGAUUGGCUUCAUGACCUUCUGGAAAGUUAAGUUAGAUUCCAUAUCGAUGAUAAAUCUUGUCAUCUGUAUUGGGUUUUCGGUUGAUUUUUCAGCUCAUAUUGUAUAUACAAGCGUUUCUAACAGGAAGCCAAACGCAAACCAGAGAGUUAUUGAUGCUUUGCAUGUCCUGGGUUACCCAAUUGUACAAGGGGCUUUGUCAACAAUUUUAGGAAUCGCUGCACUAUCUGCAGCACAAAGUUACAUCUUCAGAACUUUUUUUAAGAUCAUGUUCCUUGUUAUCACAUUUGGGGCACUUCAUGGGUUGGUUUUUAUACCUGUGUUUUUAAUGACAGUAGGAUCCUGUAGAAAACCAGGGAACUGCAAAGUAGAGGCUAACAGGGCUGAAGAUCAGGAUACAAACGUUUUGCCACCUGCAGUUAUUUACAGAGUACACCCGUUGGCUUCUGAUAUCCAACUGAGAAGACCAGAAGUGAGUUUGCCAGGAUAUGCCAUUUCUACAUCCAAUGUAAUGGACUACAGUAGUCUCGACAGGAAUUGCUACUGUAUGAGUUGGCAGGGAAGCGUUUACUCCGUUCUUCAGCCAAAUGUCAAACCAAAGGACGAUGAUCAUGCAAACAAACUUAUGGAAUAUAAAAGAAGAACGCUCCAAGUUUACCUGGAACAUAAAACUGAUCAGGACUGCAAUUAA